GUGAUCUGGGUGCUUACUGCUUGGGGGCAUCUUCGAGGAGACCACUCGCCAUUUCGCGUUUUCGAUCGUCGCUUGUAGAUGCGAGACGUGUUGAUCCCGGAGCUCCAACGUGGGAACACUUCUGUGACCAUAUGCGCUCGCGUUUCUCGUUUAUGGGACUUCUGUGAUCCUCAGGAUGAAGCAAAGUUGCUCCAUUGUGAUAUGGUGCUGCUUGACGAAGAGGGAAACGGUAUCCAUGCUGCAAUAUUCCCACCAGUCAUACAAAAGUUCAAACCUCUGAUAAAAGAAGGAGUCAUCUACAACAUCACAUACUUCCGGGUCAGAGCCUCGAACAAUUUGUACAAGCCUGUUUUCAAUGAGAACAUGAUUACCUUUACAAACUGGACAAAAUUGGAGGAGGUUGUUGAGGUUCCGCCAGCAUUUCCUGUGCUUACCUACUCGCUCACACCAAUAGACCAGCUCCAUUUAUGUGUCGACCACAGGGAGUACUACACAGAUGCCAUUGGAAUUGUCACUUCCAUCUCGGCCGUGGCGCCGCACCGAUCCAGAGGGCAACAUACAACCAGCUCUAAGAGGACUAUUUCCUUGUGCAGUGUCAGCAACAACAGUUCGGUAAAUGUUGUUCUAUGGGGUGGGCAAGCUAGCUUAUUCCCUGGAGAACAGAUCUACAGUGAUGGCCAGUCCUCUCCACAGAUCCUGAUGUUUGUUGGCAUGCUUGUCAAGAAAUACGCGGAUGGACUGUGCUUGUCUGGCGGCUCACCCUGUAAGUGGUACAUUAAUCCUGAUGUUCCUGAAGCAUGUGCCCUCAUGGCUAGUGCGAGGAAAGCGCAUAGUCCCAUUAAGUGGAACGAGGUUCUAUCUUCGAAUCAGCCUAUGCCCCAUGUUCCCGAGGAACAAAAAAUCGCUUGUAUUAGAGAUCUGCACCCAUUUGAGAAUAAGGAUAGGGAAUUCUUGGUGACAGUCACUGUAAAAAAGAUUGGUGAUAGGUGGUGGUACAAUGCAUGCAAAAAAUGCACCCGCACAGCUGUGGCUCAUGGGGAUUCCUACAAGUGCAGCGAUCAAGUUUGCGCUACCAUUGGCACGCCCAACCAAAGGUACAAACUACUUCUCACUGCAGGGGAUGAGACGGGUGACACAGACUUCAUCCUCUUUGGUCGAAUGGCGCAACGCAUCAUCAAGAGGCCGUGCGAUAUGCUCAUAGCCAACAAUUCAACCGGCUUUAUUCCUAAUCCAAUCACAGAUCUGCUCGAGAAGACGUAUGUAUGGAAUGUGAGUUUCUCUGACCACACAAUCAAUACUGGAAAUAUUUGUUUCCAGGUCAACGCAGUCGUGGCAGAGAUAGGUACUGCAAAGGACUCCAUCCAAUCAUCUUCAUCGGGGCCAAAACAGUCACAAACUGUGCUAUUGCAAGGUGUACCCAGUGGCAUUGAAGACACUCCUGACAAAGCCUCGAACUUGGUCAUGCUUUCGACCCCGCUCACACCACAAAGUUCUCCAACCAGUGUGCAAGAUAAGACUAUUGGUAUUGGCAGCAGCACUGCGGUUCCAAGUGGUACUCCCGCCAUAACAAAGGAACUGACAUCCACGCCUAGGAAGAGGACAAGGUCUUCGCCUGCAAAGACAGUUACAAAGAGGUUGUUCACCGACAUAGAUGGAGGAACCACUGGCUUCAAGGAUGCCGCAGAUAACACUGCUGCUCCUAGGUACCUUUUCCCUUGUACCUAUAGGUUCUCCAUGAACGCCUAG